UUUUUUUUACCAAACAUUUUUUUUUUCUAUUUCAUUAUGGUUAUGAUAUUAACUAAAAGUUUUAAUCAGAUUUUUGUGUUGAAGAAUAAAAUGUUUUUUAGCCCAUACUGUUUCCAAAGUCUAUAAGAAUAUCAUAACCCAACCACCACUACUGGUGCUUAAGACAUAUACCAUAUUUCCUUGAGGAUAAUUCAAGUUCUGGAGGUCAAAUAUUUAACCAAAAGAUUGGGAAUUGACCUUUACAAAUAGGUAAGAUUUCUUAGUUUGAAAAUUCAGGAUUCAAAACAUGAUAUGAAUGUCCAGUUGUAACUUUUUGCUUCAGAAAUAAAAUAUUUGCUUACUAUGACCAGUAAACAAGAGAAAUCUUGACCAGUUACUUAGUAAUGAAGAGAUGUGCUUCAAGCAGAUAAAGCAUACAAAUUCAUAAUAGACUACUUGGCUUCUUUAUAUUGUAGUUUCAAUGGUCUUUGUUUAAAUGUUAAGCACAGGCUUGGUCACCAUAUACAAUGGUGGCCUUUGAAAUCAGUGUGGUAGAUCUUGUUUUGGUUACCCUGUCUGAAAUUCAAACUCUCCCACCUAUCUUUAUUAUGGUUAAACAUUGGCUGAGUAGUCAUACAUCUGGCAGCUUGGAACAGUAUUCCAUUGGUACAACAGUGGUUGCAUUCAUAUUUCAGUUGCCCUUGAGCUGUCAUAAUAUGACAGCUCAAGGACAGGCCAUGUUAUGGGCUGGAGUAAUUAGUUGUGCUGUUCUGCAAGGUUUUAGCUUUGGGAGCAAUACUCUAACCCAGUCCACAGCUGCAUUUGGUGCAACUCCCUUCUCUACCAACCCAGCUCCUGUCAGUUCAGGAACAGGGUUUGGCUUAUUCUCUAACUUUGGUGGAGGUCCACCCAAGCCACAUCUCUUUGGCCUUGGGAAUGUAGGCGGAGGAAUGACUAACACAGGGCCAACAGCCUCUUGUUCCUUGUUUGGCACCACUACAACUCCAGCACAAAAGCCAUUCUUAAUUGCACCCCAAACCAACUUUGCACCUUUUGGAAAAUCAACACCGGGAGCUCAAGGACCAGAUGCUACACAACAGCAGGGUAUGGCAGGCCAGCCAGACCCUUCUCUAGCAUUGCACCUGGCCAUCUGUACACCUUCCUACUUCAAUAAUGAGAAUGAUGAGGUUUUGCGAAAAUGGAACCAGCUGCAAGCUUUUUGGGGAGCCGGAAAAGGCUACUAUGCUCCAAAUAUGCCUCCUGUUGAGUUUACUCCAGAGAACCCUUACUGUAGGUUCAAGGUGGUAUGCUAUGCCAGGAUCCCCUCCUAUCACAAUGAAGAUGGCAUUGUACAGAUUGUCAUUGGGAAGUCUUUGGCUGAUUUGAAACCCCUUGAACAAAACUUUGUAUCCACCUUGAAUGGAAUAUUUGGUGUUGCUGAGGUGGUCAUCAGUGAAAUGUUUGCAGCUGAACUUCCAGACAGAACCAACAUACGAUUAUAUGUACAACAAACCCUUGCAAAUGGGGAAAAGGAGAGAGCAACAGCUACAGAUGUGGCUCGGCAUAUGUCCCAGCCAACAUACACUCAGACACUGAAGAACUUAUUUGUCCUGGAAGUUCUCCCUUUGGUGAAUCUGACUGAGGCUCAGUUGAAGGAAUAUUUGGAUACUCCUCAAAGAGGUAUUGAUCCAGCACUGUGGGAACAGGGAAAACGUGAAAAUCCUGAUCCUCAGAAGUUCCUCCCAGUUGUAAAAGUUGGCUUUCAGGAGUUGCAGAAACAAUUUAACCUUCAGGAAGACCAUGCCAAGAAACUGCAAGCCAGCAUGAACAACAUCAUGGAUGAAAUCACACAGCUGAGACACAAACAGACCAUGAUGAAAGCUGCCAUACAGGAUGCCAAGUGGAAGCAAGCUAACCUAACACGGAGGGUGCUCAAGCUUGUGUCAGCACAAGAAGUUGAAAGGAAGAGAGGGGUUCCCCUUGACCAGACAGAAGAACAAAUCCGCAUGAGGUUGGAGGACUUGUACAUGCAGUUGAUGCAGCCCACACAGUAUAGAGGCUGCCUGAAUGAGUUGAUGGCCCAGAUGUGUGUCAAGCCUGCAAGCUCCCAGGGUGGACCUCGCUAUGGGCUGGUGGGUGACAUGGAGCGAGAGGUGUCCCAAUAUAUGGCCUGGCAACAUGAUGCUCUCCAGGCUGUGGUUGGAGUGCUGAAGGAGGACCUGACAGUAGUUGACAGCAUGAUGGAGGAAAUCCAGUGUAAACCUUAAGUUUGCUAUAACCAAUCUCUCUCUCUCUCUCUCUCUCUCUCUCUCUCUCUCUCUCUCUCUCUCUCUCUCUCUCUCUCUCUCUCUCUCUCUCUCUCUCUCUCUCUCUCUCUCUCUCUCUCUCUCUAAAUAUUGGGUGGUAUUAUUGAAUUUAAUUUUGUACUGACCUAUGAUAAGACCAAGAGAAGGUGCAUAUUUUGAUUACUGAAAAAAAUAGGCACUUUAAUUCACUAUUUUUCUUAUUUGAGAGCAUUGGUGUAUGUAGAGUAUACCAUUUUGUAACACACACACACACACACACACACACACACACACACACACACACACACACACACACACACACACACACACACACACACACACACACAC